AAACAUCCGACGAUAUUUCAUUCGAGUUUGAAGCAAGAUCCAGUAGAGAACAACUUUUCGAUUUUAAGCGAAAUUUACGUUUAUCCAUAGUCACAUUGGGUUUCUCUUUUAGGUUCCUAGAUCCUUUGACGAAAUUUUAGGUCAUAAAUUCAGCAAGGAUGUCAAAUUUAACCAGAGUUUUAAAGGUCGCGUCCGUGGGACUGUACAAAAAUCGCGCCUUACUGAGCAUUCAGCGUCGUUCGAUAAAGACAUUUUGCUGGCAAAUGCAGAAGAAAGCCAACACUGAGAGUGAGACAUUGAUGAAAAUAAUGACAGAACAGAAACAAUAUCAGGAGCUGAAGGAUUUUCUGACUUGGAAGGAGGACGAGCACAAGCAGAAGGAGGCGCAGCAGCAGCAGAAGCAGCAGCAGCAGCAGCGAGCCAACAAAGAUGAGAAAUUGCUUGCAAAGCGCAAGGCAAAAAAGUUGCCGAUUGAGCCAGAAUUCAUACUUGAGGAUUAUAAUGUUCAAGUUGAUGAUAGCUUGGUCAAAAUGCAAAAGAUCCUGCCGACCGAGAAAAUUUCUAUCAUCUUCAAUCUUAGCGAAAGCAUCCCAAUUCGGUUGAAGGAGAGUCUUGCGAAAUUGACAUGCCCCAUAGGAGUGCGCUGUGCUCCGGACUUCGAGGUGAUUAUCAAACGGAACGAUUGGAAACUGUCUAUAUAUUGUGGAUAUAGGGCAUCAAUCUUUCUGCACGAUAUAUCCGUUUUCAAAGCGGAGAAAAAAAAUAAUCUUGACCACUUGUUCGAUAUUAAGAACGUAUCGAUAUUCGAAAAAAAACGGGAUAAUUUUACAUAUUCGGCGGAUGAGUUGAUGAUUGAUAAGAAUCUCUAUGAUCUAAUGAUGAAGACCCUGGCAGAAGUCGGCAUAGACAAUGAGUUUGCUCUCAGGAUGUCCAUUCUGGCCACAUUUUAUUUCGAAACGACGUAUUUCAAGUUUUUGCAGAAUUUACAAGACUUCGGGAUACAGAUACCAGAUUCAAUGGUGGGGAACAAUGACAUCAAUUGAAUGCAAAAUUUUUUACAGAGUAAUGCAUAUAUAUAUACAUAUAUAUGUAAAGUUAAUUAAAUAAUCGUAUGUUCAUUCCAAUUGGCGCCCUCUAAA